AUCCCAUUGUACUUGAUUUGAGGUCGGUGACCUGCUUUUGGAAGGGAAGGGAUGAGUGGAAGUGGCAGGAAACGCACUUCUAAGUGGGAUCUGAAGGAAGUACCUCAACUUUCACCUGGGAACACGCACAAGGAUGCCUGGCCUGGGAGAUCAGUUGCAGACUAUAAAGAUGGUGGAGAAUUCUCGGAUCCCACAAUGGAAUGGGAUGAAGAUGGAAGUUACAGCACAAAAAUGUCUCCUGGUCUCGAGGACUGGAGGCAACUCAAGCAGCACCACCACUCUCGUAAAACUGGUUAUGAUAGAUCAUACAGAAAUAGCAGGAGUCGGAGCAGGAGUCCACAACGUGGCUUGAAGCGGGAAUCAGAAUUAAAUAACAGAAGUAUUGUUACCCAGCCUCGUGAAGGUUUUACCACUGGGAGGAGCAGGAGAGGUGAUUCUUGCUCUUAUGGUCACCAGGAUGACAAAAACAGCAAGGAUCGGAAAUUGUAUGAAGGUUCUGUGACAGAUGGCUGGGUGGGUAGACACAGGAGGGGUGAAGCUUCUAAAUAUUUGACUUCAGAUGAUAACAGGAAACAACAGUUGAUAUCUAAUGUUCUUUGUAGUGAUUUUUCUAAAGGCAAGUGUCGUUGGGGAGAAUCGUGCAAUUAUGCUCAUCACAUUGCUGCAGCUGAUCAGAUUCGUAAAGGGUCUCCGAACAAAGAGUUCAGAGAAAGGGAAAAUGACAGAAGAAAUAAAGGUGCAUCCUUUGAGCGUAGUAGGAAUCAUGAAACCUGUAGAAGUGGUGAUAUUCCCUGCAAAUUCUUUGGCGCGGGCAAUUGUCGAAAUGGUAAAUUUUGCCGGUUUUCUCACCAUCGCCAGACACGUGACAGUCCCAAUGACAGGCCACGAGAUGAUUGGAGGAGGCGAAGCGAAAAUUUAGGUAAUGUCGACCAACUCAGGGAAAGUUUGAGAUGGAACGACACUUCUGUGUCAGUUGUUGCAAAGUUGCCUGAGCAGAAUGAGAGCAGAAAUGGAAUUGUGGGUGUUCCUGAACAAAAGGCUAGACGAUGGUCUAUGAAUGACAGAUGGGAACAUAGUCUUAACAAUGAGAACAGAUCUCAGGUUCAACAGAAGGAUAGUACUAAAACAGUUGAAAGUGAUGAGAGGGACUAUCUUCAGCACGAAGCGGAAAAUGGUGCUGACAUGUGUGUCUCUGAGUCAAGGGGUGGUGAAAAUUGGUUUGGUGAUAUGGAGAUGUCCCCUGCAUGGGAUCAUAAAUUGUCGUCUCCCUGCAACAUCAUCAGGGGAGAGCCUGGUGAUAUUGCUCCGACUUCACAAUCUCUAAAUCUGGAUGAAAUUGAAUCCACUUUGCAAACUGGUGAACAGGAUACAACUCAAGAAGGAAGUCAGAAGCAUCACUCUUUUGUAACCAUGCACCCAUUGGUAUCUGAAAAUUACUGUUUACAAUCGAACCAUGAUUUGAGGGAGAAUGCUGCUGACUGUGAGGAUUGGAGAGGAACUAAAGAUAUUGCCAUGAGAAGCAUUGAUCUAAAUAUCUCGGCUACUGUCCUGCCAAGUCAAAGCCUGGAUCAAAACAGCCAGAAUUUAAGUGCAGUCACUCAACCUCUUCCAGGUUUAAAUGCAGUUGAUCAAAUUCAGCAUACAAUUGCGCCACAAGAUCCAAGACGAACUAUUAUUACUAAUACACCAAAUCAACAACUGCGCAAGCAGGGCAUGUCAUUUAGUAAAACUGAUGUUGUAUAUAAAAAUGAACCAGUGAUAUUGUCUGAAAUUCCACCAAGUCAUAACAUUGUAAGCAGGGAAAAAAUCUCAGAAAUUUCUAAACUUUCCUCCUCUUUGGCUCGGUUAUUAGAAAAUGGGCAACCGCUUCCUCAACUAUAUGCUGCUCUGAAUGGGUCAAAAUCAACAGGAAUUGUGUCUUCGCCACUUUCCAACGCUGCAGGCCCUGUUGCAUUGGUUGCUGCAGCAACCAGUAAGCUAAAUGCAGGCAUUGGGCCCCCAAAGCAGUACGAUCCUAUAGAUGAUAGCAUUGAGCUGUUUAAAUCUGAUGUUAGUAACCCAUGUGCAGGUUUUGGACCCAAUUCUGUUGAAACAAAAAACACUGCAGAUCAGAAACCAGAAAUACCAUCACAAAUGUUAUUCCCAUUGUCUGUCUCUAGUUCAAGUGGUGGUGAUCUGUGUAAGACCGGUAAUUUAGAUGUUGAACUCAAUAAUGCGAGUUGCCAGUUGAAUAGAAUGAAUCCAACUGCUCACUGUGAACGUGAGGAAAAUGAUGGAAUGCUGGCCGAGGAAAACAAGAAAUUAGAAGACAAUGCUAGCUUGGUCAAGAUAGAUGGAGAUGGGAGCACCCAUGAGAGCAAAAAACACAUUGACGGAAAGGGCUAUCGUGCAUUUAAAUUUGCUCUUGCUGAGUUUGUGAAGGAGCUUCUGAAACCAAAAUGGAAAGAUGGUCAAAUCAGCAAAGAGGCUCACAAGACUAUAGUGAAGAAAGUGGUUGAUAAGGUGACUGGCAGCAUCCAGGGGGCUAAUAUACCUCAGUCAACAGAGAAAAUUGAGAACUAUCUGUUAUCUGCAAAACCAAAGCUCUCCAAACUUGUACAGGCAUAUGUGGAAAAACAUCAGAAGAGCUGAAUGGAACAUGGAACUUCUAGUUUUUUUCUUCUUAUUUUUAUACUCGAGUCAUACAGCAAACUGAUAUUUCUUGUGUUUAUUAGUUUUGUUGGAACUGCUAGAAAUAAUAUUCACUCUCUUUACUUUUCUGGUUAGAAGUUUGUUUCCCAACCUUAAGUCUCUCCUGUAACUGAUAGUCUAAUGUUUUGUUUCGGGGCUAUUUUUCAGGUGCUGUUUCUUCUCAUGUGUGCUAUAUUUUGUGUCUGUUUGUCUUUGUGGUUUGGCAGCUGG